AUGGCCUCCGUGGUGAUGGUCGUCAUGGUGAUGGUGAUGUUCUUCAUGGUGAUGGUCGUCAUGGUGAUGGUCUCCGUGGUGAUGCGACCCAACGGCAUAGAUACAAGUUCUUAUGAGAAGGCUCUCAAAGAACAAGGAAGUGCUGAUGUAGCGUAUGCUCGUCUUAUGUUACUGGGAUCAGCUGGUACUGGUAAAACAUCUCUCAAGCGUUCAUUAAUGGAAGAACCUGUCAAUCCUCAUACUACAAGCACCAUUGUAUCUGAUGUAUCCUCUGUACGACCAUUUGGACACAAGUGGCAAACAAGAGGAAACAGAUGGAGAGAAGCCACAGAAGAAGAUGAACUUGAAGAAAUUGCUCGUUUGUUUAAAUCCUUUAAUUCUAAAUCAUCUUCACACCAUGCUUCUGUAUUGAGUGCAGAAUAUUCUCAUAAUGAAUCAGAUGCAUUAGUUUCUACUAGCUCAAUAGCUUCUGAUUUGAAUGUAGAGAUUUGUAUUAAAUUAAUUCUUGAAAGAGCUAGUUCCACUGAUCAGAAAACAGAAUCACUUGUUCAACCAUUUCUUCAUAUAUGGGAUUGUGGUGGUCAGCCAGUGUUCCUUGAGAUUCUCCCAGCCUUCCUUACUCCUCGUACAAUGUUUCUCCUCCUGUUUGAUGCUUCAAAGGAUUUCAGAGAAAGAUGGCAGUCACGUCAGAAUACUCCUGAUGGUGAAGUGCUGUUUGGUGAGGUAGUGAAUGAAAGCACGAGUGAUCUAAUGGUAAAAUGGAUGUCUACAAUACACAGUUACCUCAUGAAGCCCAACAAAGAUGAUACUUCUCCUAGUCUCUAUUGUAUUGGUACUCGUGGUGACAAGCUAAAAGGAAGAAAAAAAGAACAAAUAAAGAAGCAAAUAAAGUCCCUGUACAAGGAAAAAGAGUUCUCAGAUCUUAUUAAAGAUGUGCUAAUCAUUGAUAAUACAACCUCAGGUAAAGGAGGAAGAGAAGAUCCAAGUAUUUCAGAAUUACGUGGAGCUAUUGAUACUUUCAUCAAUACAUUAGUUGUUCCAACUCCUGUCAAUUGGGUUCUCUUCCGCAAAGUUUUUCAAGAGCUAGGGCGGAAUAUUAUUAGUGUAUCUGAUGCCAUUGCCAUUGGAGCAGCAUGUCAUAUACCAGCACGUGAUGUUCCUGCAGUAUUGAAAUUUUACCAUGAGCUGGGAGCUGUGCUUUACUAUUCUCAAAUAAAAGGUUUGAAAAAUAAAGUCAUCCUUAGUCCAAAAUGGUUUGUUGGUAUCAUUGGGAAAGCAUUUCCGCUGGAUAAAGGGUGGAGUGAAACAUAUAGAUGGUAUUUGUUACAAAAUAAUGGUAUUCUUAUUCAACCACUCUAUGAAGAGAUAUGGCAGUCAAGUGGUAUUGAUCCAGAAGAAAUAAUUGAACUUUUAGUUCAUUUUCGUCUUGCAGCUCCAGUUCAAACUGAGCUUAGCAGAUUCAAACAUUAUUUUCUUCCAGCAGUGCUACCAGGAUACACAGGUGAUCCUAAUGAAGUACGACCUGGUUAUAAGCUAAGAGCCUCACCUGUACAUAUUACAUUCUCCACUGGGUAUGUACCUCCUGGCUUCUUCACUCGCUUAGCAACUGCUGUUGCUACUAAUGCCAAUGUUAAGCUCAAUUUUGAUAAUAUUUAUGCAGCACCUGCCACUCCUGGUUUUUUGGAUCGAUUAGCUAUUACCAUGAAUCUUCGUUCCAAAGUUGAGAGAAGAAGUAUCUAUCGUAAUCGUGUCUGCUUCUCUUAUGGUCGUCCUUCUGAUGAUUUUGUUCUCACUGAUAUUAAUAAUGCUAUUCAAGUUAAUGUGUUGAGGUAUGUAUCUGAGAGUAGGCAUCCUUUUUCUUUCAAAACAGUCUGUCAGCAAAUAUUGAAGUUACUAGAUGAUUGUUGCCAACAAGUAGAAGAAACUCUGAUUCUUUACCAUGGUCACCAUAAUGAUCAAUCAUCAAGAAAAAUACAAUACGUGUGUCAAUGCAAUCCUUCCAGUGAAGUCCAUUACAUUAAAGACAUUGAUGUUGAGAAUCAGACAUGCUCUGAUCCUGUUUACUGCAAAAAGGAAAGACGCCCUCGCUCCCUAACAAAUAAUGAGUCACUGUGGUUUAAAGAAAGGACAAAAUAUUUGCCACAAGGAAAACAGCUCCAAGUGGAGACUUCACCUAGACUUGUAGACAUGGAAGAGGAUGGUAAUGUCGAUGAUGUUGAUGAUGAUGAUGAUGAUACUACUCUAUUAAUUCAAGAGGACAAGUCAACUACUAAUUACUCACCCACACAGAUCAGUGAGUCCAAUGAUGAUCAACGAAAAGUUAUAUUGACUAUCAGGAAUCUAGUAGAGAUAAAACAGGUGUUAAAAGAUUGUCACUUUCAAGCUAAAAAAUGGAUUGAUCUUGGCUUGUACUUGGGUCUGUUUUACAGUAAUUUGAAGACAAUAGAGACUAACUAUUCACGAGAUGCUGAGCAAUGUCUCACAGAAUGCUUGGCAUUAUGGCUUACGGAGGAUAUUGAAGCAACAUGGGAGAAACUAGCUAUUGCUGUUGAUGAAGUAGGAGAGACAUCAGUUGCUGGAUAUAUAAGAUCAAGAAAAGUGCUGGUGCAUUUUGUGUAAACUAAUUGGUAUUCUUUUUU